AUGACAUCCACAGCUAGGCGCAUGCGACCCGUCGAAUGGAAAACUGAAGCUCCCGAACCCUUACCGGGUACAACGACUUUCGCUGCCCAAUCCACACUCCCAAGGCUUCCUGUUCCGGAUCUUCAGAAUACUCUUGCACGUCUAAAAGAAUCUUUAAAGCCUAUUGCCUGGUCAGAGGCGGAGUACGCGUCAGUGGUUAAGAAAAUCGACAACUUUGGGCAAGGCAAGGGCCCCGAGCUGCAUGAACGCCUCCUUAAACACGCCGGUGAGCGCGAACACUGGCUGGAGGAAUGGUGGGACGAUGCAGCCUACCUAGAUGGCUUUGACAAAUCUCCCAACAACCAGCGCAAGGAAGUUACGAAUCAUCCGGCUGCACGGGCAGCAGGGAUUGCUCGAGCCACGAUGAUCUUCAGGCAGAAGCUGAAACAGGGUUUGAUCAAGCCAGAGGCUACGAAGGAAGGUCCGUUUUGCAUGGAUACAUACAGAUGGAUGUUCGACUGCUGUAGGGUGCCCGGGGAAGGGUAUGACUGGAGUGUCUCCCACGCUAAAGCAGGAGACAAAGGCGACUCUGGCCAUAUAAUUGUUAUACGGAAGAAUAGGUUAUGGAAGGUUGACAUUACCGACAAUGGCAGAAUUCUAAGCACUCCUGAGAUUCAGAAGCAAAUUCAACAUAUCUAUGACAACACUCUUGAAGAAUAUCCUGGUGUUGGUAUUUUAUCGGCUUCAAACCGUGAUGUGUGGGCCCAGGAUUAUAAACAACUGUCAUCAUCAUCUUACAACUCGGAAAUUUUGGAUGCCAUCAACUCCUCCGCAUUCAUUGUCUGCUUGGAUUCUUCAACGCCUGUUGACCCCAUUCAUCACAGCCGUGCUCUCUGGCACGGUGAUGUCAUUGGCGGUGUUCCCGUUGGUCUUCGAAACAGAUGGGUCGACAAACCACUGCAAUUCAUCGUAUUCGAUAACGGCUACGCAGGAUUCAUGGGUGAACACUCUGUAAUGGAUGGCACACCUACAGCGCGCAUGUGUGACGAUGUUCUUGACAUGCUAUACGACCCCGCCUUCGAUCAUGGUUCACCUUUCAAAGCAUUUGACAAGACGCCCACUCCUUUGGACUGGGAAAUUACACCGGCCAUUACACAGGCGAUUGCCAAGGCAGACAACGCUGCUGUCGAAUUGAUCGAAUCCCAAGAACUCGGCUUCCAUCGAACUUCUUAUGGCAAGGCGGCCAUUAAAGCUUUCGGUGUUUCCCCAGACUCCUGGGCGCAAAUGAUCGUUCAGUUGGCUUACAAGCGGCUGUUGGGAACGAAGCAACGACAAGGUGGUACUUACGAGGCAGCCUCAACACGAAAAUACUUCAAAGGUCGCACUGAAGCGAUUAGAGUUGUAACAAGCGAGGCCGACGAGUGGGUACGAAGCAUGGACGAUCCAAGUGUCAGCUCAGAAACGCGCAAGAAACUCUUCGACCAGGCCACGAAGAAGCACGUCAGCCUUGCAAAAGCCGGAGGACAAGGCCAAGGUGUGGACCGCCAUUUGUUUGGCCUAAGAAAAUCGCUGCAGGACGGCGAAGCCCUUCCAGAGCUUUAUGACGACCCUGUCUUCAAACGAUCGUCAUACUGGGUGCUAAGUACCUCCGCCAUCUUCUCAAAGCACUUCCCUGUAUAUGGCUGGGGUGAAGUUGUACCUGAUGGUUUUGGCGUUGCAUAUAUGACUGGAUUCGACGGACAUCUUCAAUAUACCAUCACAUCGCGAAAGGAGAUGCCCAACGACCAAUUUGUGCAAGAAAUAGCCAAAGCCGCCGACGAUCUGUACAAGCUACACACUGGAUUGGCGAACACUAAAGCAAAAUUGUGA